AAAACAACGGGAGCGGUCCCUAUUAUUCCGAGGUGGCAUGAACGCAGUAUUAUACUUAUCAAAAGGAAGUGUGGAAUUACCUGGAAAGAGCUAGAGAAAAUAAUUGGAUAUCUAAAGCUCAGUUUGAAUUCCUUUAUUGCCAGCACCCAAUACGCCCUUUACGUCUUUUAUACACUUCCAAACUUGCAUAAAUCCUUGACUGAAAAACUAUUUCAUGUUUAAUGGAAACUUUUAUUUACAGGAGUCUGGUACAAGCAUGGGGUCUAUUUGUGCUCCUAAUUAUGCAAAUUUGUUUGUGGGUUACUUCGAAAAAAACUUUGUCAUGAAUGUCGAAAAAACCACACAUCUGUCCAGAAUUUGGAAAUGGUACAGAUACAUUGAUGAUGUAUCAAGGCACUAUCGAUGAACUACUUGGAUUUAUUGUCUUACUGAACAGUUUUGAUGACAAUUUGAAGUUCACAGUAGACUAUAGCCAGGAGAGGGUUCAUUUUCUGGACAUGUGGGUUUUUAAAAAGAAUUGGUCUACUACAUUUUAUUGAAAAGAGACUGAUAAAAACACUCUUCUUUUGGCGAGUAGUUUUCACCCCACUAAAAAGAGGUCUACCUAAAAGCCAGUUCUUUAGACUCCAAAGAAUAUGAGACCACUGAGGAUUAUAUGGAAAAAGCAAAUGACAUGAAAGACAGAUUUGUACAGCGAGGUUAUCCAAUGGAAUGGGUUGACAAAUCUUACAAAACAGCCCUGAAUAAACCUCGGUCAGACUUGCUAAAGAAAAGCAAAAAAAAAAGAAGUGAUUUUCUGUCACCUGUAUCACUACUUACUCUCCUCUCUCACAUACCAUACGCCCUAUUUAAAAAAAAUAUUGGCACAUUCUAAAAUCGGAUCCUAAACUCUCACAUGUUGUGAACGGCUUGCCGCUCUUUGUAUACAAACGUAAGAAGAAUCUCCGAAAUCUUCUAGUUCACGCUGACUUUGCGAGAUACAAGCCAAGGAGAGCUUUGCAAAGAUUAUUAAACCCGUUACCUAGGCUACUGGCAACUACCGUUGUGGAGGAUGCGCACAGUGCAACAACACCUAUAAGACACAGAACUUCCGCCAUCCUCACAAUAACAAGAUUUUUCCAAUUAAGAGUGUCAUCACUCAUGUAGUGUACAUUUUAACGUGUCCAUGUGAUCUGGUGUAUGUAGGUAAGACCAUAAGGCAGUUAAAACAACGCAUUAGCGAACAUAAGAGCUCUAUUCGCAGAAACGACCGGGAUUACCCGGCCGCAAUACACUUCAAUGAUCAUUACAUCUCAUCAUUGCGCUUUUGUGGUAUUGAACAAGUCAGUCUUCCAAAAAGGGGGGGGCAACCACGACUUGCUAGUAAAAAGACGCGAGGCAUAUUGGAUAUUCACUUUACAGACGCUAUCGCCAAAAAGCCUUAAUGAUGAAUUUAAUCUCAAUAUUAUGUUGUUUAUAUUGUUUAACGUUUCACAAGUUUUCAUAGACACAGAUGUAAUAAGGUCAUUAAAUUAUACAACCACCUUUCUGAUUAGAAGCUGAAGACUACAACAGCCAUGUUGGCAGAAGCUGGAUGUGUGUUUAUGGGUUUGAUCCUGUACAUCUCAGGAGUUCAUGGACGAGCAAACAGCAUCUGUGCUUUAAAAGGUUCAUCAGUGGAUCUGCCCUGCUCAGCUCAUCGUCCCACUACAACCAUGAAGUGGUACACUGUACACCAGGAACGAUCUAAACCUGUUCAGACGGAACUCUCUACAGAUGAAAAUCGUGUGACGUACAACAUGUCUGCAGAGAGUAACUUCACUCUAACAAUCAAAGAUCUGAGAGAGAGCGAUGCAAAUGAUUACUGCUGCAGAGAGACUACUGACGACCCAGAACUCUGCUGGAACAACAAAACUGAGCUCCAUGUUUCAGACCUGCAGGUAAAGGUGAUUCCUGCCACAGAGGGACAGACAGUGACACUGAUGUGUAGCACCAGCUGUCCUCUGACUGAAAACCCUGCAGUCUACAUCUGGUACAAGAACAGAGAGUUCCUCUAUCAGGACUGGUCUCCCUGGUACCAACAGCUGGUCAGCAGUGAGGAAGCAGUCACAUACUCCUGUGCUAUCAAAGGCUACGAGGAUCUCAGAGCCCCUCAAGUCUCAGUGGAUUCUGUCACGUCGACCUGCUUCAGCGUGACCUAUGCUAAAGGGAGAAUGUGUUCUUAUAAGACGACAUCAGAGGAAGAGCCCUGCUCCAUCACAUAUCCCAGAGAAGUACAUGUUCAAAGGAGUCCUGAAGCUCCACCGGGCCAUGUCACACUGACCUGUAACACAAGCUGUCCUCUGACUCCCUUUAUAUGGUAUAAGAGCAGACUUGUAGUUGAGAAACCAAAGUUUGUAGUUCCCAACACCUCUGCUGAAAGCUUCUCCUGCGCUGUAAAAGGCCGCGAGGAUCUGCGCUCUGCUGAAGUCUGUGUUAAGGAUGAGAACUGCUUGAUCAUGAAUUACGUCAUCAGGAGAAUCUGUGCUCUACGAGGUUCUUCAGUGAACAUUUCAAGUGAAUACUCUUCUCCCAACGACCACCCCAAGUCUAAACUAUGGUAUAAAAUAAAGAGGAGUGGGAAGAAAGAAGUGAAAGAGUCAAUUAAUUCUGUACCUCGUAUGAAGUAUCAAGACAACUUUAGGAAUCACCACAUCCUGACAAUCAGUAAUCUGACGAAGAAUGACUCAGCAGAAUACACAUUCAGACUCCACAGCUAUGACCAAGGAUUGAGACCUGGAGUGAGUUUGGUUGUCACAGGUCUGAGAGUGACGUUUACUCCCUCUGCAGUGGUGACAGAGGGCCAGAGAGUCACCCUGAGCUGCAGUACCAGCUGUCCUCUGACUGACAACACAAACUACAUUUGGUACUUGAACAGUCGACCUUUGACCCCGACAGAGAAGCAAAACAAACACCUGGUUCUGGACCCAGUCAGCAGUCAGCAUGCAGGAAAAUACUCCUGUGCCAUCGAAACCCCCCACAACAUCAGCUCUGAUGAAAAGACCCUUACUGUCCAGAGUAAAAUGGGGAAAUGGACACAAGCAGCAGCAGCAGUAAUCAUCUGUGCUGCUCUCCUGGUUAUUAUACCCCUCGCUGCCUUCUGGUGGAUCAGAAGAAAGAGGACUUCCAGUCAGCCUCCUAGAACUGAAACCUCAGACAACUUGGAGCAGCUAAACCUUGGUCCCCUGCAUCAUGACAUCUCGGCUCAACCAUCAGAAGAUGAUCUUAACUACAGCAGAGUCCACUUCCCUCAGAACCACACAGACGCUCUCUACAGCACAGUCCAGCCACAUCCGCCUCAAGAACAAGAGCACGUCCCCUAUGCUGUUGUCAACUUCAGACCCAACAUGACCAUUGAUGAGCUAACGGACAGUGAAGAACAGGCAGUGGCUCUCUAGAACGUAUACACCACAGCAAGUAAAAACUUAAAGAGACUGAAUGUAACAACCCACCUGGCUCUGUGACAGAACUUGGAUUGUUCUGUUUAUCUCUGCAUUUAAUUCUGCAUUUAGGGACUUCAGUUGAUGAGCUUAUCUACACCAGCUUACUGUGAAUCGGCAGGCAGACGUCCAGCAUCCUAAUGAUACCUCAGGAACACCUGAGAGCGCUGAUGGUCACCCACUGCCUGUUUUAGGGAUCCUCAUCAGUGACCUAUUGUCUCUAAAAUGCAUAUUUAAAGGUUAUCAAUUCAAUGGCUUUCUCAUUUAUGAAUAUAAUCACAUCAAACGCCUGUGAUAUGUCUCAGACAUCCUCCCAGAACUUUCACAGCUGUUAGUUUGUGAAAAAGUCUUUAGAAAAUCCUGUAGUAUCCUCAUCAGUGACCAAGGCUGUUGUUUCUAAAAUGCAUAUUUAAAGCUUUUCAAUUCAAUGGCUUGCUCAUUUAUGAAGAUAAUCACAUCAAGCCACCUGUAAUAUGUCUCAGACAUCCUCUUACAAAUUUCACAGCUGUUAGUUUGUGAAAAAGUAUUUAGCAAAUCCCGUAGCAUCCUCAUCAGUGACCUAUUGUCUCUAAAAUGUAUAUUUAAAGCUUUUCUAUUUAAUGGCUUUCUCAUUUAUGAAUAUAAUCACAUCAAACCACCUGUAAUAUGUCUCAGGCAUCCUGCCAGAACUUUCACAGCUGUUAAAUUGUGAAAAAGUCUUUAGCAAAUCCCUUAGCAUCCGCAUAACUGACAGUGAAAUUUGUAAAAGGAUGUCUGACACAUAUUACAGGUGGUUUGAUGCCAAAAUAUUCAUAAAUGAGAAAGCCAUUAAAUUGAUAACCUUUAAAUAUGCAUUUUAGAGACAAUCGGUCACUGAUGAGGAUACUACGUGAUUAACUAAAUACGUUUUCACAAACUAACAGCUGUGAAAGUUGUGAUAAGAUGUCUGAGACAUAUCACAGGUGGUUUGAUGUGAUUAUAUUCAUAAAUGAGAAAGCCAUUAAAUUGAAAAGCUUUAAAUAUGCAUUUUAGAGACUAUAGGUCACUGAUGAGGAUACUACAGGAUUUGCUAAAUACUUUUCACAAACUAACAGCUGUGAAAGUUGUGAUAAGAUGUCUGAGACAUAUCACAGGUGGUUUGAUGUGGUUAUAUUCAUAAAUGAGAAAGCCAUUAAGUUGAUAACCUUUGAAUAUGCAUUUUAUAUACAAUAGGUCACUGAUGAGGAUGCUAAGGGAUUUGCUAAAGACUUUUUCACAAACUAACAGCUGUGAAAGUUGUGCGAAGAUAUCUGAGAAAUAUUACAGGUGGUUUGAUGUCAACAUAUACAGAGGUGAGAAAACUAUUAAAUACAUAACCUUUAAAUAUGCAUUGUAUAGACAAUUGGUCACUGAUGAGGAUGCUAAGGGAUUUGCUAAAAGCUGUGAAAGUUUUGAGACGAUGUCUGGAAAAUAUUACAGUUGGUUGGAUGUCAAUAUAUUCAUUAAUGACAAAUGUGUUGAAUUAAUAAUCUUUAAAGGUCCUACGACAUGCUGCUCUUUGGAUGCUUUUAUAUAGACCUUAGUGGUCCCCUAAUACUAUAUCUGAAGUCUCUUUCCCGAAAUUCAGCCUUGGUGCAGAAUUACAGGCACUAG